AUGUUCUCGGAAUAUGCCUCUCGCUUCCUCGCCCAGUCACAAUCACGACUACUUCCUCACUCUGACGAAACACGCAGGAAAGGUCAUGGGCGUCUAAUGCAGCAACCGGGAAAUUCCCGUUUUCCAUCCUCGCGGUCCUUUCUGCAACGGGCAGCCCUUGACCCGUAUCAACCAACGGCAUCUCAAAUUUCUAACCUCCCUCUUGGUUCUCGAAACUCGGCCCAGCCUGCGCCUCUUUUCUACAGUGCUACUGAUGACUUUUGUGAAGAGGAUGAUGAAGCAGAGCAUGAGCGUGAGAUUGCCGACUUCUAUGCCCUCCAGAAAUCAAGGCGAAAUUUUGGCAGUAGUCAUCUGAAAGCUUCUUCGGAGAUCGAUGAAAAUGAUGACCAUUCAAAUAGAGUUGAUGAUCAUGGAACAUCUAGAUAUGGAAUGUAUGGCAAGGUGCAAGGCAUCAGGAGCUCCUGGCGUGCUGGGACGUCCUAUCACGGGGAACGAGAUGUGACUGCUGAGAAAGAAGCCGAGGCUGUUGAUGUUGAAGAUGGGCCGCCCAUAGGCGGGAAUGUCAGAGCUAGAGCUAAGCUAGUUGACGUUCACCUCGAAGAUAGCCUGCGAUCCGCAUUGGAUGGUGAUGGAACCGAUUCUUCAGAGACAGGUGAUGAUAACCCUCCUUCCAUCCAACGAUUUCGGGGGCAGUCUCAACCACGGAAGGGCAAUUUUGGCAUAGAUUCAUUUUUCAUGCCGAUGGAAACGGACAGGCAACCGUUGAUAAAUGAUCCCAUGCCACUAAGUCCCGCGGACCCUGUUCAAGCCGCGUUUGCCCCGGUAAGAGCCGAAUCGCCCAUGCACGAUGUUUUCUGGGGCCAACUUUUUCUGAUAUCUAUCGCCUGCCUUUUCGCUACUUCUUUCCUUGUCUAUCUCCAUACUUCCACUCCCUCAGGGGAUAAAUCAACGUGGGGCGACACGAUAUACUUGACCAUUCACUCCUCGUUCUAUCUGCUUGGUUCCUAUACUGUUACCUCGGUUUUUGCCUCGCUGCUUUGGCUUGCACUACUGCGGUCCUAUAUACGCCAACUGGUAUACGUGAUCAUUAUCGCUGUUCCCAUGAUCUUAUAUUCCUUCUCUCUUUAUCCAUUUGUUUCAAGCUUCAAAGGGGCCUGGCAUGGAACAAGCAUACAGGAUAAAGCAAUGAGAUGGGGAUCCAUUGCUCCAUUCAUUAUAGCUAGCGUGUGGAUAUACAAUGUAAUCCGGGGCCGUCAUGCUAUAGGUAAAGCGAUCAGAAUUCUCGAGUUUGCAUGUCGGAUCCUCGCCACAAACCCAGAGCUACUGAUCCUUGGUCUUGGUAUUCUCACCUUCGUCGCUUCAUGGACAUGGUUGUGGAUGCUUAUGUUCACGCGAGUAUUCCUAGGAGGAAGCAUAAUGGGCCCGGGUCGCUUCAUCAUCAGUUUUAGCAGUUGGUGGCUCGGGGUCUACUUCAUUAUUGUCUAUGUUUGGUCACUGGGAGUCAUCGCUGGCAUUCAACGUGCAGUUACAGCUGCUACAGUGAGCCAGUGGUACUUUCACAGACUUGCAUGCCCUGCCCCGACAUCAAGACAGAUUGUUUGGGCAGCGAUUGUCCAUUCGCUCACAGCUCUAUUUGGCACGAUUUGCUUGUCCAGAUUAAGUGCACUCCUUGUUCGACUACCUCUUCUCUUACUCCCGAGUCGUAUCACCUCUGUCUUGAGCUUGUUCGCUUACUCCGUUGUACCCACCCCAGUCACAACACUCACAGAUCCUCUUGCACUCACUUAUGCUGCAAUACAUUCACAGCCGCUGGUUGUGUCUGCUCGAAGUCUUGCCCGGAUGACGACUCUUUCGUCUACGAUAAUCAAUUCCUCACUUCAUCCUCGGUCCUAUUCACGACUACACGAAAACAUGACGCCUCUACUUCCCUAUCGACUUGCAAAAUUGAUCCUCCAUGCUGCCCGACUCAUGAUGUCUCUGGCUCUUGGGUUUGGAGGUUGGGUGACUACUGCUCGUGACCUAGGUGUGGCGAGCGGUAGCGGUGUUAUUAGAGGCAGUGUAUAUGCCUAUGUGGUCGGGCUGAUUGCGGGAACGAUUGGUUGGAGUGUACUGGGAGCGAUAGAACGUGUAAUAGCCGAUAUUGUAGACGCCUCUAUCAUCUGUUGGAGCAGCGAGGUUGGCGCGUAUGGUAGAGAAGCUAGGUAUUGUCGGGAAGCUGACUGGCUCUUUGGCGGGGUUUCAGGUUUAGACUCCAGCUAUACACGCCAUCGAGAAGCGCCUUGA